AGUGGCACAAAACGUUUCAACAGAAGUACACGUAUUGGUACACGAGCUACCGGUAACAUGAGUUGUGCAGCUGUUUAGACCAGGACGAUGGCUGCUUCAGAUGGAGUGUACUAAAAAAGCCUAUUGGCUGCUUGGUGGUGGGGACAAAAGCAGCCAGAUUUCCUGCAAGCUUGACCAAUCCUUGAUAUUCGGUAGUAAGUAAAAGGCACCAUCUGGGCUAGUAGAUAGCUAGGAGUGGGAACUUGAGCAAAGUCGGUUGGUUACUCGAGAAGCACAAGGCAGCAGACCUGAGUGCUGACAUUAAAAAUAAUAUUCAUCUAUCUGCUUGAAUUCGCCUGAUGAAUCAAUCUCCUAAGUAAUAAAAAAAGGACUCGACUCGCCCUGCCCUCUGCUUUCUCUCUCGACCUGUCUCCCUCGUCCCUCCACUGUAUCAAAUACUACAUGUAUGUUGUACCUGUAGCACCAAUAAUGCUACCGGUAGCCGUACAAGCUGGGGGCUAGGGGCUACCGGUACCGGUAGGGGCCAGCUAGCUAGCUGGGGGUGUUUUGUUGAUGCCUUCAGAACGUGAAAAGCCAACAGUACCUAUAGUUUUCUACAUUUAGGCAUGGUAUCUAUUGGUAGUAUACGAGGAUUUAUUGGCCAAUAUCAGGAAUUAUGGCCAACAAAACAAGAAUGCUCCUUCAUAAGACCCGAUUCGAAAUUUCAGAAGGAGCCGUGUGCGACCAUAAAGAUGAGAACAGGGUGUCUUUUUGGAUUUUGCCCUCUCGCCAACUGCUUUUUUGACACCCAAGGCAAAGGGGGCAUCUUUUUCAACAGUGACCGUCGCAUGCCCUUUCAAACUUUCAAACUUGUGUUGGAGGCUUUCGAUUUUGUGCCCAUCACUCCAAGGACCUGUUUCUCAUUGAAGAGAGAAAACAAGCAAACACUUUAGUACCAAAAGAAACUAACACAAUGGGUUGCGGAAGUUCAACACCAGCAGAGGAAAGUGGCGCUGUCGCUACGGACCCAGCUCAAGUUGAGGAUUCCAAGAGUGGCAAGAGGUUUAAUGAACUCUACAAGAUUGGCAAAGAGCUUGGAUCAGGUGCCUUUUCCGUGGUGAAGGAAGGAUCUCAUAAGCAGUCGGGUGAAUCCUUUGCCAUCAAGAUUGUCACCAAAGCAAAGCUUACCCAAGAAGAUGAGCAAGCUUUGAAGGACGAAAUUGAUGUUCUUUCCGAACUGAAACACAGCAAUAUCAUCCGGCUAUACGAUGUCUUUGAAGAAAAGGAAUUCUACUACCUCAUCACAGAAAAGAUGUUGGGAGGCGAGCUGUUUGAUCGUAUUGUCCAGAAAAGUUAUUACAAUGAAAAGGAAGCAAGAGACACUUGCAAGAUUCUCUUCCAGGCUAUGGCUUAUUGCCACAAACACCAAGUAGCUCACAGGGAUCUCAAGCCAGAGAACUUGCUCUUGACGAGUCAAGACAAUGACUCUGACAUCAAGAUUGCUGAUUUCGGAUUUGCCAAAAAGUGCACCACACCAAACAGUCUCAAGACGCAAUGUGGGACACCUGGUUAUGUCGCUCCCGAGAUUCUGGAAGGGCAGCAAUAUGAUACCCAAGCGGAUAUGUGGUCUCUUGGUGUAAUUGUCUACAUCUUGCUUGGUGGCUACCCGCCAUUUAUCGAGCAAAACCAGCGUGACUUGUUCCGUAAGAUCCGAAAGGGAGACUACGAAUUCCACGACGAAUACUGGGGACAAGUUAGUGAGGAUGCAAAGACAAUGAUUUCCAGUCUCUUGACCGUCAACCCUAGCAAGCGAUUAAGUGCAGAUGGAUCUCUCAAGAACACUUGGAUGAUUCAAGAUGAUGCAGCUUUGGCUGGCAAGGAUUUGGGUGCUAACUUGGAAAAGUUCAAGGCAUUCAACGCCAAACGUAAAUUCAAGGCAGCCGUCAAGACUGUGAUUGCGACCAACAAAUUCUCUUCAUUGGGGGUCAACUUCCAGGACAACUUGAAGUGAAGGAUUAAUCAGCAGCGAAAAGUCGACGAAAGACGACAACCUGUGCAAUCGAAGAAUGCGAAUGACGACCUAGCUAGCUGCAAGAGUCUCUUCCAUUCAUUCACACUCGCCUGCAUACCGGCGGAUGUGAUGUUUAUGUCUCUGUGUAUGAGAAAAUCAUUCUUAAAAGUGGAUGUUUUGGGUAGUUGGGUUAGACCACCGCCAACUGAAUCCCGGGCCAAUCAAGUUAAACCAAGAUAGUAUGUUACAAGUAGAUAGCUGUUGUGUUGUUGACCUGCCCAAAUGGCUUAGUACUACGUAAUGUUCUUACUCGUAGACUAG